UGUGAACAUGUGGCGGUAUUAGGUCCACAGUGGAGGCCAUCUGGCUGAUUGCGUGGGUUAUGUCUCAUUUAAGUGAGGCUUCCAGCUGUUUAGUAGCUGAGGCAGUCAGGCCGAGGGGCUGAACGCCGGGCUCGGCUGCUGGUGCUGGUGCUGGUGCUGGUGCUGGUGCUGGUGCUGGUGCUGGUGCUGGUGCUGCCUUGUUCCUUUAAGAGAGCGGCGGUGCUCUGCGCUGCGGAGCGAGGUGUGCGGGCUCGCUGUCAGCGGCAGCGGCGGCUGGGAGACCGGGACGCCGGUGGAUGUGUGGCAGCCGGGCGUGUUUAAAGCGGCCAGGAGCUCCUCGCAUGUCCGGGAGCGGGCGAGCACCGUGCAUUCGGCACCGUAGGACAUGAGAGGCGGUCGCCGGCACCAAGUAUGAAGCGCUAGUAGCAGCGAGGCAGCGACAUGUACGGCCACUACCAUCCCCUGGUGAAGCUCCCUGUCACCUACAGCCACUCGGCCAUACAAGUGAACUCCACGUCGAUGAGCUCGUCUCCACACUCGACUGUGAACUCAGUGGUCAGCCAUCACUCGAUGAUCGGAUCCUCGAUAAACGCUUCGCGCUCUCUCGCCUCCUCCAUGGGAAACUUGGGCUCUCCGGUCAACGGGCUGGGAUCGCCCUAUCCCGUCAUCACCUCGUCCAUAGGUUCUCCCUCGGUCUCCUUGCUGUCUACCCCAGGCAUCGGCUAUGGACCGCUCGGCAGUCCCCAGGGCCAAGGAGCUGACUGGUCGACUACGGAUUACAUACGAAAGAAAGACACAGAGAUUAAUGCAGUGAACGAUGUCAGCAGCAGGGAGGAUAUUAAGCCACCCCCUGGCUUGGGCGGACAUGGAAACUUCAACCCUUACAGCCCCAACUCAAUGGCCAAGCAUAUCUGCGCAAUAUGUGGAGACAGAUCCUCAGGGAAGCACUACGGGGUGUACAGUUGUGAGGGCUGCAAAGGCUUCUUUAAACGGACUGUGCGUAAGGACCUCACCUACACGUGCCGGGACACCAAGGACUGCAUGAUCGACAAGCGCCAACGCAACCGCUGCCAAUACUGCCGCUACCAGAAGUGCCUGGCCACAGGCAUGAAGAGAGAAGCCGUGCAGGAGGAGCGGCAGCGGGGGAAGGAGAGGAGUGACAACGAGCUGGAGCCCAGCAGCAGCAUCAAUGACGACAUGCCCGUGGAGAAGAUUCUAGAAGCCGAGCUGGCUGUGGAGCCAAAGACGGAGACGUAUGUGGAGGCCAGUCCGGGAAAUUCGUCCAACGACCCAGUCACCAACAUCUGUCAGGCGGCAGACAAGCAGCUGUUCACGCUGGUGGAGUGGGCCAAGAGGAUCCCUCACUUCUCCGACCUCCCCCUCGACGAUCAGGUCAUCCUUCUUCGGGCAGGCUGGAACGAGCUGCUCAUCGCCUCUUUCUCGCAUCGUUCCAUCUCGGUGAAGGAUGGCAUCCUCCUGGCCACCGGGCUGCACGUGCACCGCAGCAGUGCCCACAGUGCCGGCGUCGGCUCCAUCUUCGACAGGGUUUUGACCGAAUUGGUUUCCAAGAUGAAAGACAUGCAGAUGGACAAGACAGAGCUGGGAUGCCUGAGAGCCAUUGUUCUCUUCAAUCCAGAUGCUAAAGGCUUAUCGAACCCAGGUGAGGUGGAAUCUUUGAGGGAGAAGGUCUAUGCAUCACUAGAAGCUUUUACAAAGCACAAGUACCCAGAGCAGCCAGGCCGGUUCGCCAAGCUGCUGCUCCGACUGCCGGCCCUGCGAUCCAUCGGCCUCAAGUGCCUCGAGCACCUGUUCUUCUUCAAGCUGAUCGGCGACACCCCCAUCGACACCUUCCUGAUGGAGAUGCUGGAGGCUCCUCAUCAAAUGACGUGAAUCCAUUUCCCGCGUUCCCCCCCCCCGCCCACCCUCCCUUAAUGUCAAAAUCUGUAAAUAUGUUCACUAAUUGUGUGAAUAGAACCAAGAUAAUGCCAUCCGUCUAACUUGUAAAACAACACGUAUUUUGUACCUUGAACAAGCACGGCCUAGCAAUUAUUUGAUAGUUUGUUACAGGGAUUUUAAAAGACAAAGUUCUAUUUGGAGACGAUUGAAUCAGGUUGACAAAUCGGUACCUCUCACGCUUCAGUCCGCACUGUCAGCUAGCUCCCCACUGCCUGGGUUCAUGUUGCCUUGGGGCCCUAACUCACAACCUGAACCUGCAGCACAUUCUCCACCACUGUUAUCCACGGAUGGUUUAAGCUGCAGGGCUCCCCCCCCACUUCACCACACAGCGGGCCAGCUCCCAUUCAGAAAGCACCCUUGCAACCCAGUCCUGCUUCACUGAACCCUCUCCUGUUCGUUACUCCCAUGCUCAAGAUGUUGUCAAGGCUCCCCAGACACCAGCGAGCCACCUUCUUCUACCUGGCACUGUUUCAGGUUCAGCUGCCCCUACUCUCAGGUUCAGGGUCAAGUCUUUGAGCUGCUUAUUAAUCAUGAAAGCAGCUUCAAUCCCCUGCUGUGUUUGAUUCUCCAGUGGCCCCGUGUACUGGGAACAGACUGGGGUCACUCUGGAAUCAGUCGGGUGCAGGCAAUCGGUAGCAGGAUGGAGGGAGCUUGACAAGAUGCUUGCAUCCAUUAGAGGAUGGGCUAGGUGAAUGGGAAUGGGCAAGGGAUGGGAGCUGGAAUAAGCAGCAUAAGUGGGAGGAUGUAACCCCUUCACCGAGACUGUGUGCUGAGCUGCACCUCAAUGUCCCGAGCACCUUUACGUAUCCUGUCUUUGCACGCAGGCCCAUUGCCUUUUCCCCAUCCCUUGUCGCCCUGAGUGUGCGGAUAAAACUCAGGAGCUUUUCACUUUGUCACAAAACUAGGAAUUACCAGCGUGGGGAGUCAGGUUCAACAUGUUGCUAAAGGUUUUCUAUAGGGACUAGUGAACCAGUUGGAUGUUUGUGUCAAUCUAACCCUCAGUUACAGCUGUUGUCAGGGUUCUUCACAGUUCAUGCUGCCCUGGUUAGAUUGAACAUCACCUUCCCGGUUUAUUAAAUGCACGUCAGCAGUGCGGAAAUCAGUUGUCAUCUCAGUAACAUCUCCCAAAUGCUCAAAGUAACAAACUCUUCUAGUUUUGUAACAUUUAAAGUGAUAUUUUGGACUGCAGCCUCGUGAGCGUUUAUUAUGUCCCUGUGGGAUCAUCAGGCACCGUGUUUUAUUUCCAAUCGGUUUAUCUUCAUCCCACCCUUUAGGUGCUGUCCAAACUUCACUGACAACUCACUACCUACAUCAGUGCUUUCCCCAGUGAAGACUAGCUAGAUUGCUCCCGAUGUCCCUGGCUCCCUCCCCUUCCCACUCCGCUGUCUGGUCCAGCUUAUCCCUACACUGCCAGCUCUCAGUCCCCACUCUCAUCAAAUCUUCCUUUAAAACCCACUGCUUUGACCAGGGUUUGCGCCCCUCUCACCAACCACCUCCACCAAAUGUACAACUAUGGAUGUUAAAACCAGCACUGCUAAGGCCUUUCAGCCCAUCAAAUUAGUCCUAAUGCUUUGUAGAGCAACCCACGUUCAAUCAGUCCCACUUUCCUACUGACAAUGUUCCCCCCAGUGUCCAUCCUAGUCCCUUUCAGAAGCCCUGACCGACAGCUCUCACCACCUGUACAUGCAGCGAUCUCUGGAUCAUGGCAAUGCUGCUUUACCUCGCCUCACCGUACUGCCCUUUGGCCAGAUAACGUAUCUAUCUGCCUGUUGCCACAAGUGGUGGGGUUUGCAAAACCCCACCUGGUGCUGCCACAUCUUGCCUGAAUCCCCUACCUCCAUUUGCAAAGCACAGCUUGGACUUGGAGGCAAUCUUAUUCCCAUGCCAACACAUGUACAACCCCAGGUGGACUCCAAUUACUGCUGGGUAGCACUGUGGUGCAGUGGGUAGAUCCACUGUGUCAUAGUACCAACAAACUGGGUCCAAUGCUGACCUCUGGUGCUGUCUGUGUGGAGUUUGCAUGUUGUCCCUUUAGACUUCAGGGAUACACCGUGGGAACAGGCCCUUCAGCUCACCGAGUCUGUGCCGACCAGCGAUCACCCCAUGCACUAACAUUAUCCUACACACUAGCGACAAUUUUGCAUCUU